AUGCCUUUGCCGUCAUGCGCGCGCUCUUAUACUAGCAGUUCAGGUUUGCCUUGUGCUCUCUCUCAUCUUCUGUCUGUGCGUGUUUUAUUCUUAUCUGUGUCUACCUGUCUGUCUGACUGCCUAUCAGCCUGUCAGCCGCCUCAUCGGCAGUGCCAGGCAGACCUGCGGGGGCGUCCACUUAGCCCUACCUACGUAUCGAUCACACGUGACCCAGAUACCAGAUGUUGGGCUCUUGCCUUUGUUCACGUGACUAUGUCCAAACAUACCUCUUCGUCUACGACAUGUCUCGCACCUGCAACACCUAUUCCGUUCUGCAGCAUUGACUGCUUUUCCUUUAGUCUUGAGCAACGCAAUGCUCAUGGUCUUGCCUAUAAUACCAUUUUAUUAAUUUGGUUCUACAUUUCCACGAUCCUUUCUGGAGAUCAUUCCGUGCGUGAUUUAAUGCUUUUGCAUGUAUUGCCUAAACUACACUACGCUUUGAUUCGUGAUGGCGUUUAA